AUGAACCACAAAAAAGAAGAGAAGAAAAAAUGGAAAGAGAUAAAACUGUUGAAGAAGCUGGAAAAAGAGAGAGCGCGAGAGCAGAUGGAGAAAGAGAGAGAAGAAACGAAACCAACGGAGGAAAAAGGGCGGCACUACACAGUCAGUGUGGCUGUUCCUGGUUCGAUUCUAAGUAAUGCCCAGUCUCCUGAACUGCGGACGUAUCUGGCCGGACAGAUAGCCCGCGCCUGCGUCAUCUUCUGUGUGGACGAAAUUGUGGUGUUUGACGAACAAGGAGAAACUUCCAAGACCAUCGAAGGCAAGUUUGAGGGCAUCAGGGGCAAAGGCCAGGCCUGCGUCCAGCUGGCCCGGAUCCUUCAGUACCUGGAGUGCCCACAGUAUCUAAGGAAGUCCUUUUUCCCCAAACACCAGGACCUGCAGUUUGCUGGGCUCUUGAACCCUUUGGAUAGUCCACACCAUGUCCGAAUGGACGAAGAGUCGGAAUAUCGGGAAGGGGUCGUUCUGGCCCGACCCACCAAGCCUGGCCGAGGCUCUUUCGUGAACUGUGGGAUGCGGAAGGAGGUUGAGAUAGAUAAACAAUUGGAAGCCGGCCUUCGUGUCACCGUGCGCCUGGGGAAAAAGCAGAACGCAGAGAGCAAAACGCAGAAGGGUGUCAUCGUAUCGUCACAAAAUCCCCGCACCGUCUCUGGCUUUUACUGGGGCUACAGCGUCCGAUUAGCUUCGUGUCUGAGCGCCGUCUUUGCCGAAUCCCCUUUUAAGGAUGGCUACGAUCUCUCCAUUGGAACCUCGGAGCGUGGAUCCUCUGUAGAUGAAGCCACUCUACCUGCCUUCAGCCAUGCUUUAAUCGUCUUCGGGGGCGUGCAGGGUCUUGAAACCGGAGUGGAUGCAGAUCCCAACCUGGACGUCAGCGAUCCCGGCACCUUGUUUGAUUUGUAUUUGAAUACCUGUCCGGGGCAAGGAAGCCGCACCAUCAGGACAGAGGAAGCCCUCCUGGUCUCGCUCUCGGCGCUGAGGCCCAAGAUCAACGCAGCGGCUAUGAAAGGACCAAGUGCGAACUGAGUGCCCGAAGAAGGAACCAAACGUCAAGGAAAGCGGCUUUGGUUACGGGUUCGGAUUCACCCUUGGGUGGGGGAACAAAUUUGGAAGCACCAGCCCAGCUGCCCUUACAUGUACCAGUUGGAGCACCCUGGGAGGGGGUGUCGAGAUGGUGCCCCCUCCCCCCCCUAUGAACCACUGGGGUUUAAGAACAAAUUUCUUAAAUUUGGCAACUUGACAAGGACUUCAACUCGCAGAAUUCUGCAGCUCCUUCAGACCCCCUUCGAAGAGAGGAGGGGGCCGCACUGCAUUUGAUUUAUGUUGGUGUGUUUUUUCAUGUUAUUUAUAACAAUAGGGGGGUGGGGGGUUUAGGGGGGGCUGCAACCGCCUCGCUCAUCAAAGCAGUGACUAAUGAAUUGAAAUACGAAAUGGAAAGAUCAGUGGGACGGAUAGUGAACUUGAUGUGAUGUUAAAAGAAGAGAGUUGUAAAUGUAAUGAUGACCGCAUAAAUGUUGCAGUCUGGAACCACGUUGCUCACGUGAAGAGCUGUGUAAAAAAUAAUAAUAAACUUUUUUAUUUUAUUUUUUAAAAAGCAGAAACUGCAGUGGAAGCAAUGAGGA